UCGCCGUCACUUGCGAGUUUGGCAUCUUCCACUGUCACCGUGGAGGAAAGAGCGCCGGGAGAGAGUAUCAGCGGCCGCAAUCUCCACGCCGAGGCGCUGAGCUGCUCUCGCCAGGGCGUGCUCUGUCUCGGGUGUCAAGCAGCGCCGAGGCUGCGGCUCCGCGCCAGCUGCCGUGAUCACCGAAUCCCGGGACCAGGGUGGCAGUUCUCAACGAUGGGCAGGAGGGACCUCGGCGGUGACCCCUAAAACAAUACCAUGCCCCGGGAGCCCCGUUGCUGCCGCGCCAGCUUCUUCCCUUUCCAUCUCCCGGACCCAGUAGGAUUCGGAUGAGCUGACUGCGAGGAGACCCGGCCAGAUUGUGGAUUGAGCUUAACCAAGAAGUUCACGGGCUGAUCAAAGCUGAUCUGCUCUACAAGAGAAGGGAGCUCUGCCUGCCCAGUUGGGCACCUACCGAUCACUGUCUGUGUGGAAAAUUCUCUUUAUUGAAAUUUUUUGCACAUGGAGGACAACAGCAAAGAGGGCAGCACAGGCUGAUAAGGCCAGAGACAUCAGGAAGAUUAUUUUACUGUGUGCUUUCAGGACCUUUCUUCUAGCUGGAGCUCUGGACUUAAACAGAGCCUGGUCCCAUCAUUUUGCCUUUUUUCCCCUCAUCGCAUUGUAUUUUAUUUCUUUACUUCAGAAAUGGGCCUACAGACCACCAAGUGUCCCGGCCAUGGGGCUUUUUUCCUGAAAUCUUGGCUUAUCAUUUCCCUGGGGCUCUACUCACAGGUGUCGAAGCUCCUGGCAUGCCCUAGCGUGUGCCGCUGUGACAGGAACUUUGUCUACUGUAACGAGCGAAGCUUGACCUCAGUGCCUCUUGGGAUCCCGGAGGGUGUAACCGUCCUCUACCUCCACAACAACCAAAUUAAUAAUGCUGGGUUUCCUGCAGAACUGCACAACGUACAGUCGGUGCACACCGUCUACCUGUAUGGCAACCAACUGGACGAAUUUCCCAUGAACCUUCCCAAGAAUGUCAGAGUUCUCCAUCUGCAGGAAAACAACAUUCAGACCAUUUCACGGGCUGCCCUUGCCCAGCUCUUGAAGCUAGAAGAGCUACACCUGGAUGACAACUCAAUAUCCACGGUAGGGGUGGAAGAUGGGGCCUUCCGGGAGGCAGUUAGCCUCAAAUUGUUGUUUUUGUCCAAGAAUCACCUCAGCAGCGUGCCUGUUGGCCUUCCUGUGGACUUGCAAGAGCUGAGAGUGGAUGAGAAUCGCAUCGCUGUCAUAUCAGACAUGGCCUUUCAGAACCUCACCAGCCUGGAGCGUCUGAUUGUGGAUGGGAAUCUUCUGACCAACAGGGGCAUUGCUGAGGGCACCUUCAGCCAUCUCACCAAGCUCAAGGAAUUUUCCAUCGUACGGAAUUCACUCUCCCGUCCCCCUCCUGACCUCCCAGGUACGCAUCUGAUCAGGCUCUAUUUGCAGGACAACCAGAUAAACCACAUCCCCUUGACAGCCUUCUCAAAUCUCCGUAAGCUGGAAAGGCUGGAUAUAUCCAACAACCAACUGCGGAUGUUGACUAAAGGGGUCUUUGAUAAUCUCUCCAACCUGAAGCAGCUCACUGCUCGGAAUAACCCUUGGUUUUGCGACUGCAGUAUUAAAUGGGUCACGGAAUGGCUCAAGUAUAUCCCUUCAUCUGUCAAUGUGAGGGGUUUCAUGUGCCAAGGUCCUGAACAAGUCCGGGGCAUGGCUGUCAGAGAGUUGAAUAUGAAUCUUUUGUCAUGUCCCACCAUGAUGCCUGACCUUCCUCUCUUCACCCCAGCUCCAAGUCCACCUUCUCCAACAACUCAACCUCCCACUCUUUCUGUUCCAACCCCUAGCAGAAGCUAUACUCCUCUAACUCCUACCACGUUGAAACUUCCCACCAUACCUGACUGGGAUGGCAGAGAAAGGGUGACCCCGCCUAUUUCUGAACGGAUCCAGCUCUCUAUCCAUUUUGUGAAUGACACUUGCAUUCAGGUCAGCUGGCUCUCCCUCUUUACGGUGAUGGCGUACAAACUCACUUGGGUGAAAAUGGGCCACAGUUUAGUGGGUGGCAUUGUUCAGGAACGCAUAGUCAGUGGUGAGAAGCAACAACUGAGCCUGGUGAAUUUAGAGCCGAAAUCCACCUAUCGGAUUUGUUUAGUGCCUCUGGAUGCUUUUAAUUACCGAGCUGUAGAAGAUACUGUUUGUUCUGAGGCCACCACCCUGGCCUCCUAUUUGAACAAUGGCAGCAACACUGCUUCCAGCCACGAGCAGACAACCUCCCACAGCAUGGGCUCCCCUUUUCUUCUGGCUGGCUUGAUUGGGGGCGCAGUGAUAUUUGUGCUCGUGGUCUUGCUCAGCAUCUUUUGCUGGCACAUGCACAAAAAGGGGCGCUACACCUCCCAGAAGUGGAAAUACAACCGGGGCCGGCGGAAAGAUGAUUAUUGUGAGGCAGGCACCAAGAAGGACAACUCCAUCUUGGAGAUGACAGAAACCAGUUUUCAGAUCGUCUCCUUAAAUAACGAUCAGCUCCUUAAAGGAGAUUUCAGACUGCAGCCCAUUUACACCCCAAAUGGGGGCAUUAAUUACACAGACUGCCAUAUCCCCAACAACAUGCGAUACUGCAACAGCAGUGUGUCAGACCUGGAGCACUGCCCAACGUGACAGCCAGAGGCUCGGCAUUGGAAAGGCGGACAGUGAAACUCUUGAGAACACACAUGUGUGUGCACAUAAAGAGACGCAAAUUACAUUUGAUAAAUGUUACGCAGAUGCAGUUGUGCAUUUGAAUACUCUGUAAUUUAUACGGUGUACUAUAUAAUGGGAUUUAAAAAAAAGUGCUAUCUUUUCUAUUUCAAGUUAAUUACAGUUUUGUAACUCUUUGCUUUUUAAAUCUUAAAAAAAAAGUAGUUGUUGAAGUACUGUACAGGGUUGUACAAGGAGAACCCAACACUAAGGUAAAAGAACGAGUGAUUCUUCCUUACGAUGCACAUUAACCAUUUUGUUGUCGAAGCUGCCAGAUUAAAUUCCUUUCCUAAAGCCGGUGAUCAGAUGAAAGGGCAGAUUAAAAUGGACUGAUCGGGGUAGGAGAAAUAAGAUGAGUAAAAUAGGGAAUGGUCCAGAUAUCUUCAUGCUAUCUCUACACCUGCUCAGGGGGGAAAGUAAAACACUCCCAAAUAGAAGAAAGGUGGUAUUACCCUGAUUUGAACUCAGUGCAGGAAAUACAGAAAGCAUCAUAAGGAAGCUAGUUCCUAUGAGAUAAGUUAACCCAACCUGGAAGAAUCGAGGAAACGAGAUGAGAUUCUGAAAGACCUUUGAACCUGGAGGUUGACUUUCUGAUUGGGAACUUAAAAAUCACUCCUCAUGCUUUCUUGGCCCUAUGUGGUAACAGAAUUAGAAACUUGUGUCUGAUUUCGGUCAUACGCAGGGACAGAUAUGAUGUUCUAGUAGGAAAACUCCCUUUAAAAGUGUUACUAUUCAAAUCGUAUGUCAGGUUGAAUCUAAUUCAACAGAGAUAUAUUCUAGAAUACUUUUUUAGAAGAGGCUAAUAAAAUAAUGGGAAGAUUAUAUUGAAUGGAAUUAUUUUUGAUAAUGAGAAUUAUUUGGGUAGAUUCACUUUGAGGCUAUGUCAAUAUGAUAUUUAGACCAACAAGCAAUCAAUAUUUGGAAUUUUCUUCAACAACUUGCUAUUUAAAACUUACUGAUAUCAUUUAGAGCAGGCCAGCUCAGCAGUGGUUCUGUUAUACGAUAUCAACUGUUUUGUUAGUAUCAUGUUGAAAUAGCUUGAAUUAAUACCUUUAUAUCCCUUUCAAAUUCUUGUCUUCCAAUCUUACAGCAUUUUUUUUCAUCAUUAGUUGUUUAUGUUAUAUUUGUUUUUUGCUCCCCUGUUCAGUAUCAAAGAAAAUUAUGGGUGCCAGUCUCAGUUGCACUGAAUAUCCAUAUGUGUUUUUUACCCAUUUUGAAUUCCACACUAAUUUUCACUGCUAAUAAUUCUGUAAAGUCACAUCAAAGCUGGCUGAGAUAAUGUAUUUUUUUAAAGCAAUACCGAGUUUCCACCUUGGACUGAUGUUGAUACAGUUCCUCUUUUGAAAUUUCAUUUCUUCUUUUUCAAUCUUGGAUGUUCCUCAUAUUUGGGAACUGUGGAGGGAUAAUCAAUCUCAUAAUAACAGGACAACAGAUGAAAAAUAAACAAGCUAGAGAGCAGAGCGAAGACUUGUUCCCCCAGUCUUGGCAGGGCAGAGCAGGGCAUAGGAACAGAGGGUAUAGAGAAGAGAGGACUAUCCACGCUUAAUACUACAUAUUUCCGAAGCAAUGUCCAUCUUAGGAAAAUGUGUAUAAUUUACUCCUUUUCAUCCCUUAGGUGUAGAAGGGCUAUAGGUCACAUACAUUAUAUAAAGAUGCAUCCUUGGAAAAUUCUUUUUUUAAAUCAAAUUAAGGCAUUUUAUUCUGUGCUGCCUAUUUUCUUUUCUUCUGGCCGUUACUUUUGGUACCUGUGAACUAAAUGUCACAAUCUUCUUGCUUUCUCUCUAUCCUUUUAUUUUAAAACAAAAUAAAACUGUGAUCUGUCUUUUUUGUAAGAAUAUAGGUAUAAAGUGCUAUGCAAGCUUUUCUUUAUAGUAAGAGCUUUAUUUUCCUUAACAAUAUACCCCUCCAACUUAUAUGUUUUAUUGUCCUUGUCCCUCAGAAUCAGCAGAAAAUACAACUGACUAUAAUGUUGUGGACACAAGAAUUGAAACUGUGCAGUCAGUCAAGCUGACAUUAGCUAUGACUUAAUUUGAAUUAAUUCUAAAGUAACUGGUUUCCAUUUUAGUCUAUUAGAUAGGGGGUUUCGGCUGUUGCUUUUUUAAAGUGAAGUCCUCAUGAAGGAAUGAGACAAUCUGUGAAGAUGAUCAGUGUAGCAGUAAAGUGAUCUAAAAUCCAGGGCUAUGACAUGGGGUUUUGUGUAUUUAGCUGGAUAAUUCUUCCCGUUAGCUGCAGAGAUAAAACCGUGUGUUCAAAGGAAAGUACUUUGACUUUUGAGGAGUUUUUUUUCCCCAUUACCCACAAAAUAAUCAUUCUCAUUUAUUCAUUUUGUGUGUUUAACCCCAGUGGGAAUUUUGGCUGCUAAAAAUUUGCUUUGGACCAAGAAGACCAAGUGCGGAGAGUUUCCUGUUUUGCAACGUUCAUAGAAAUAUUUGGAGCUUAAGUGAUGCAACGGAGACCUAGUCAAGUGUAAUGGUUAAAAUGGUCGCAAGGGUUCCUCUGCUAGAAAGUGUUCCCCAAGAGGUCCACUCCAGUUCCUGGCUUUAUUUGGAUCUUGUGCACAGCAUGACCAAGACGCUGCUAAAAUUAACUUUAGUCUCCCCCUUAUAAUAACAUAUUUGGACUCUUGCCUACACUGGGAUAGAAAGCACAUAAUGGAAUUUGUAAUGUCUUAUGCAUGACUCAUGACAGGUGCUAUCUGACCAUCAGAGGUAAAUUAUCCUUCGAUUGGCAUUUUCAGUUGUGGACAUGGUUAUACUACAUGUGGCUCUCUCUUGCUUAUCGUAAACAGGCAGCCUGAGGUGAUCAGUUGAGUCAAGGUUGAAGGUACAACUGAAACCAUGGAGCAAAGCCCAUAGUCAGUGGAUUAUAAAGAGAUUGAAGCUCUCUGACCAAAUGUGGUGGUUUUAGACAGUAUUCCUCCACCUUCAGAGCUAGACAACUGUCGCUGCACAGAGGAAAUUACAAAAGGAAAAGAUAUAGCCAUGACCAGAAAGAUAUUCAUGAGUUGUUAUUCAUACUCAGGGUUAUUGAUCACACUUGCGUGGGUGGGGAGAUGGAUUUGAUCAUGGAGAGACCAUGGACUCCCUUCAAACACUGUCAAAUGUGUUAGCAGCUCAUCACACAGGACACUCACAGGCAGAGCCAAGGGGUGUACUCCCCUGCUAUUUUCCUGGCAUUUCUAAUGAUGGUGCCACCAGUGGAAAACAGUCUCCCCUGCGAGAAAUAAUAUAAUUUCUAAUUACUUGGGUGUUUGCUGAAAAUGUGUUAGAAAUUUUCCCUGUCGUCAAAAAAAAAGUGUAAAAGCUGACAAGUCUAGUAAAAGCUAUUAAUGAAGAAGCUAAUAUUACAGCUCUAGUUCCUACUAGUGAAGGUCAGAAUGAUCUUAGUUGUUUUACAAGAGUCAGAACUUCCCCACUGUGGAGGACACUGUUUUCAUGUUGUGAACAAAGCCUCCAUCAAAACACAAGGCAAUGUUGUUGCAACACACAGGGAACACAAUGCGCUUAAGCAGAAAACCUCUGGAGCAGUGUCCAUUUUAGCCUUUGGCAGUGAAGUGGUUAAUUUUCAUGGACUUCUUUGUUUAUAACAUUGUUUUUCUCUAACAUAUUGUGAGGAGGCAUUAAAGUUUUACUUUAGAACAUGAGAGUAACAGUUUUAGUCAUAAUUUACCUUUACAGCUGCAUGGGAAAGCAUAGCAGAAAUGAGAGAAAAAUGAGACAUACACAAAACAAAGACUACUGUUCUAAGUCUUGUCAAGCCUUGCCUGAUGCACUUGUUUUUUUUGAAGUCAAAACACUAAUAUGAGGAACCUGUAGCUUUGCAUCCCUCCCUGAUUUCUUUAGCAGGGUCAAAAGAUCAUUGGUGACUACAGGGAAUGCUUGUCAGUGAUUUGGGGCUACACAUUUGAUAGUUGCUAUUAAAUCAGGCUGUUUUGCUAUAGUUUUCUUUUUGUAACAGUGAUCCACAAGAAGAGCACAAAGAGACAAUUGCAACAGGCCUUUUUAAAACUAUCUCUGUUUCAUUCUCUCUCUCUCUCUCUCUCUCUCACUCACUCACACACACACACACACACACCCCACACGAGGGGCAUUUGUAAAGGUGUCCAUGGAUGUAAGAUGUAUAACUGUUUUGAGGCAAGGUGAAGUCAUCACUACUCUCACUGUGUGUCCCUCAUAGGACCAGUGUAUAUUCAGUGAAAGUUAAUCCUAAAGACUUGUCAUUGUUUGAACCAUAUGUUGAUUUGCCUCUGGCUUGUAGCCAGUGUAUUUCCUCUGAAAAGAAACUGCAACGGACUGGAGGAUUGUGCAUCCUACAUCCUCUGAGAGCUACCAUGUCACACAAUUUGUUAACUACAAACAUCACUUUACACUAUACAGUAUCUUGUUGAUAUAUUCAGUAAAGGCUUAUUUUAAAAGAAAACCACAUUGUGUUUAUGUGAGUAACUUAUUGGGAUAUAGCCAAAACUUGUGAUCUUAAUGCAAAACGCAAAUGAAGGAUGCUUCUCUAUAAGGCAGGAGGAUGGCAGAAGUGAAGGAGAUAGUAAGAUUUUCAUUUUCUUCUACCACGAAGGCAAUGUCUAAUUGAAGGCCAUUUGACCCUUUUAGUGUGUAGGGUUUAUGUGCAGUCAUCAUUUUCUUUGCCAUUUCCUGACCAAAUUGUGUGUUCCUAUGAAUAUCUUUUAAAUAUGUGCAUAUACACAGAGAAAACUUUGUAUUUAUGAAAUCUAUGUUGUUUAGGAUAACAGACAAAUACCAAUAUAGUUAUCCAAUCUGAAUAGUCUUUUCCCCAUUUCAUAAUAUACACUUUUGGUUUUAAAUAUCAAAUCUCCUUAAGAAUUCUCAUGGUACUUUUCUACUUCAGAAUUGUUUAUAGCUAAUCCAUUCAUACUUUCAAUGGGCGAUAAAAUCUACUCAUGAAAAUGUUUCUAUUCGUAUGCCUAAGUUUGACUCUGGAUUAGUCACAUAUAAGAUUUUCCAGAACCCCCUUCUUGAACCCUUCUUGGCCACUUCACUAAUAAUAAUGUAUUUAACAGAGAUUAAUUCAAGAAAUAAAAUUAUGAUAUUUCAAUUAAAUAGUAUUAUUUUUAGAAUCUCUGUUGGAAAGUUAACUAUGAAAGGUAGUGGUAACAGGUGAUUCAUAUUACAUUUGGGACUUUACAUAAAAUGUGAAAGGUAGUGGUAACAGGUGAUUCAUACUACAUUUAGGCAUUUUAUAUAAAAUGUCUGUGUUAUUCUUGGUUCCUUUUGCCAAGAGUUGCAGACCUUGCUCUUUGGAGAUCAGACCCUUAAUCAAGGGAUAUAUUCAUUCAAAAUAAUUUAUUAAGCACCUACUCUGUUUCAAGCAUUGGGCUAAAUUCAGAGGCCUCACAGAAGACUAAAAUGGAGUCUUCGUCAAUUCAAGAAUAUCUUCUACCCCACUAUGUCCCUCAAGAAAUGUUUGACCUUUCAGUGUAUUUACUCCUCAUCUACUUUCUUCAGAGUAUUAUGUUAGGUUCUGUUAAGGAUUCAAGGAAAAAUAAGACUGCUAUUAAGGAGCUCACAAAUUGUAUAACAAACUCUUUUGCUAACAUAUACCAUUGUCCCAGAAACCGUGUAAUAACAUUAUAUAGUUUAGUUAAACUAAGCAGGGUAUCUAAGGUGACACAAGAGAUGUACUUACCUGUUGGUAAGGUUGAUGCACCUGCCUUAUAUAUUGGAUCAUCUUGGUUUUUAAACAGAUUAAAGUCAGUGUUGGUGCAUUGAUAAAAUCAGUACUCAAUUUGAGUUAAAUUCUCAAAUGUAUACAAAGUAAUUGAAAAUUUAGGAAUUGUACUUGGUAAUUACACAUAUGACCUCUUAAAUUUCCAUUGAGCACCCAAAUGGAAAUUAAUCUAAAAUAUUAAUAAUAGCACCUAACAUUUAUUGAGCACUUACCUAUUUGUAAUGCCCUAUUCAAAAUGCUUUGACACACAUGAUGUCAUUUUGUCUUUAAAAUAAUCCUAUAAGUUAUAUUAUCUUUUGUUUUUCUGUCAAAUUUUAAAACAGCCUCAAGAGAGGUUAAGUGAUUAGUCCACAGUCACAGUGCUUGAACAUGGCAGCGUCAAUAUUUAACCCAAGCAUGACUCCAUGGGCUCUUAACUACUUCCAGUCUCCUAAUAAAUCGACUAGCCUUAAGCCUGACUAGUCUUCAGGACAAAUUCUUCAUCUAUAUUUAAUGACUUUUGAUGAUGAAGUUCCUAUGAUCUCUUUCACUGGAUGCAUAUUUUAAUUUUUCUUCAUUAUAAAUCAAAGGAACAUUUUAAACACCUCAAAUAUAUAUAUAUAUUUCAAAAUCUCUUGGUCAUCCAUUCCUAUUUUCUAUAGAAAUUCUGUUUUUGUGAUUAUCUGAUGGCUGCACAUUAAGCUGAUUUGAAGGCUUUAGAUGGGAUCAGGAUGUGUUUAUACCCACAGGGUGAGUUGAGAUAACUAUUAAAAGGACCUGAUUCAAGUUCUUUUUAGUAAUGAAUUUGUUUCAUAGUUGAGAGGUUGCUCUAAGUAUUUUAUAGAUCUCACUGAAGAUGCACAUAUUUCAGAAUCUAUCAGGGCAUUAGCAAACUGUCUUUGGGAUUUAUACCCCCUUCCCCCUUUUGGCAUAAGUAGAGAAUGUGUGCCUUUAGGGUGUAUUAUACAUAUCUUAUAAAAUAUUUUCAUGAAAUGUACUUAAGGAUAAAGAAUUUUUAUUGGUAUACUUCAAGCCAGAUGUUAUUUUAGCACACACACCAACUGAUGAUCCUGAUUGUCAGUUUUCUUGCUGUGAAGUGUAAAUUAGAUGAAAAUUUCUGUAUAUCCUUGGAGGGAUACUUAUCAUUUCAAUGACAUAAUAAACUUUAAUAUUGGGUCAAUCUCUUUCUAAUCAAUUUUAAACCUGUGGCUCAGAGUCUGCUAAGCUCCCUAGAUGGAGUAGUAGGGCUUUUGUUGGUUUUUGUUUUGUUUUCAUUCAGCAAAUAUUUACUGAGGCCUGGUAGAUUUUGGUGCUGAAUAAGACUUUUCCAGGAAAGUUAAACUUUGCAUCAACAAAAGUCUUUCCUGGGAGCUACUGGUAUCCAACACAUGGCAUAGACUCUUCCUGCCUCUUUGCCCCCUUCUUUGUGGGUUCACCCCCCACCCCCUACAUUUAAAUAAUAAGCCAAUCUUGCUAGUUCCAGCACUUAUGUGCUUCCUUAAAUCUGUUUAUUCAUCUUACUGCCCUGACUCUGAUUUAGUUCAGAAUUUCCUCUGAUCUUUUCCUAUUUCAGCCUCUCCUACACACCAUAAGACAAAGGAUAAUCUAUAAAGAAUUUCUGAUUAUGACAUUUACUUGCUUUCAAAAAACUCCGUUACCAUUACCUACAAGAUAGAAUUCAAACUCCUGGUGUAAUGCAGAUAUUGAACCAAAUUUUGCUGUCAUUCCUUACCGGUACAGCCUCCUCAUUCAUCAUCUGCUGAUUUGAUGUUUUGUUUUGUUUUGUUUUGUUUAAAAAAAAGCUUAUUCGGUGUCCCAGAGAUGCCAAGCUCCUUCAAACUGCUGCACUCUCGUUCCAGUAUUUCAUUGUAGGAAAGUUCCCUUUCACUUUGCCUGGUGUUGUAUUCAUCAUCGUUCAAGAUACAACUCAAAUGCCCCCCUCAUAAAGCUUCUUGAAUUCCAAUUGCCAAUUAUCUGCCCCACUGCUGUACAGUUAAUAUAACUUGAAAAUACUUUUAUUGGUAGCACCUAUAUACUUUAAUUUUUCAUGGAUCUGUUUCAUGCUGUAUCCUGGGUCCCCUGAAGACAGAGAACAUAUUUUGUUAAUUGUAUUUCUUCCCUUGCUGAGUAUGGUGUUCAGCCCCUGGCAGAUGUUCCCCAGCAGAUGAUUUUUUGGAGAAAGUGAAUUGACUUCACAAGGCUUUGCAGUUAUAUCAGGCUCCCCAUGGGAACAAGUUCCUCGCACCCGGCAGCAUGGGUAACAAACACCCCAUCAGUUCUGUUAGGUCAAUGCCUUCAAAAAGGCUCAGUGAGAGCUGUAGAAUUCUGAAUUUUGAGAAAGAAACCUGACUCAUAAGCCACAAUACGCAUUUUACAGGAAGAACAUCUUUUACAUUUUACAGACAACCUCAAAACUGUGAGGCGGCUUGCAGUAAAGCAUACCAAGAAAUAUCUUCAAGAAAUUGCCUUGCAACAAAAUGUCACCAUCAUGAAACAUCCACAAAGCACUGGUAGACACAAAGUCAAACAUUUUGACUCCUUACUAGUCAAAAUGAAUUCUUCACAAGUAUAAGGGAGAGGUGGAUUAUUAUUAUUAUUAUUAUUUUGUUCCAUCAUCAGCAAUCUGAAAAGGAACAGGAAUUAUUCACUAUGUCAUAUCCUAUAUCAAAAAUAGACGAAAUAUGGCAUGUGUCACUUAAAGACUCAAAUUGUGUUUUCUUGAUUAUUGCCAUAAGAAUACAUCAUCGAGCCUAAAAUGACAUGCUGUUAAAUUAGGAGUCAGUAGGGAGGGGUGGUUAUUAAGAAGUCAGACUUGAAGUCAGGCUGACUUGUUUAAAAACUUGCCUGUGCCACUGUCCUGCCAAUUGGCCUGGCAAUAACUUAAACUUUAUGGCCAUCAGUUUCUUUUUUCUUAAAUGGGGGCAAUGACGUCUAACACAUAUGACUAUUGUUAGAACUGAAUGUAUGUAGAGCAGUUAACACAGUGUCGUGCAGAGAAAGCACUGAAUGAAUGACAUUGAGCACAAUGCAUUUUUUUUUUUAAUGUAAACCCAAUUCAUAAGCACAGGGUGACAUAUAUCCUGAGAAUUUGUAGGGAUCAUUUAUUUAAAGAUAAUUAGCAUCCAAAAUUAUGUGUAACUGUUUAUAACAAUUAUCAAUACAGGUCUGAAGGAGUUUUCAUUCUUACCUUUUUCUGGAUAAGUUGGGGAAAGUGAGGUGCUAUAGGGUAACUCAGAAAAAUACCAGGUCCUCUGUCUCAUGGUGAGUGAGAUCAUUGAGGAACGUGUUGAAUGGAAAGCGAAUAGACUUCUUUGUAAUGCUCUAGAGUACAUAUAGGUGUGGUUAUUGCUGAAAAUUAAUUCAGGAAGUAGUUUUAAAUGUGUCCCGAGAAUGAGUGUUCAGAAGACAUUGAGAAGUGAAAACAUUUUAAGAAUCAAGAUAAUAAAUUUCUAUUUCAAAAAA